UGCCUCAUCGUUUGCUGAAAAUAAGAAUUUUUCAAUAAAUUUUGAUUUUUUAAGCAUUUACAAAGGAUUUAAGUGUGAAAAUUGAAUUUAAAUUGUGAAAAAAUAAUUCAAGAACAUUUUAAAAGAGGAAAUCAUCAAAAAUGACAGCUUUUGAAGAAUUCGGUGUCAUGCCAGAAAUCGGAAAAGCCGUCGACGAAAUGGAUUGGCUUCUCCCAACUGACGUACAAGCGGAAGCUAUUCCCUUAAUUCUCGGCGGAGGCGACGUUUUAAUGGCUGCUGAAACCGGAAGCGGCAAAACUGGAGCCUUUUGUUUGCCAAUUUUGCAAAUUGUGUGGGAAACAUUGAAAGAUCUGAAAGAAGGCAAGGGCAAAUCAGGCGGAGAUGGCGUAACAAUCCCUCCGUGGACCAUGUCGUUCUUCGAUCGUGGCAAUUCGAUGGCAAUCACGCCCGAUGGAAUGCGUUGUCAAUCGCGCGACUUCAAGGAAUGGCAUGGAUGUCGUUGUACCACGGGCGUCGCGAACACAGGACGUUAUUAUUUCGAAGCAACUGUCGAAGACGAGGGAUUAUGUCGUGUUGGAUGGUCCACGCAAAAGGCAUCUCUCGAUUUGGGGACAGAUAAAUGGAGUUUUGGCUUUGGCGGAACCGGAAAAAAGUCUCAUAAUCGCCAAUUUGACAAUUAUGGAGAAGCUUUUGGCAAAAAUGAUGUUAUUGGAUGUCUUCUGGAUUUGGUAAGGCUUGAAGUGACGUUCACGAAGAACGGGCAAAAUCUCGGCGUGGCGUUUAAAGUCCCGGAUCACUUGAGAAAUGAGACUUUUUAUCCAGCUGUCGUUCUAAAAAAUGCGGAAAUGUCAUUUAAUUUCGGAAAUAAUCCUUUUAAACAUCAAAUUCCUGAAGGAUUUGUCGCCGUGAACAAAGUUGAAGAGCAAAACAAGAAAAUAAAUCCUUUUGCGUCGGCAAAUGCUGCUCCGAGUGAAUUUGUGCAACGCCCAAACGCUCCUCAGGCAAUUAUUAUCGAGCCAUCUCGUGAAUUGGCGGAACAAACUUUUUCCCAAUUGCAAAAAUUUAAGAGAUACUUGAAAGAUCCCGCCAUAAAUGAACUUUUGCUGAUCGGAGGCGUCUCCGUAAAAGAUCAAAUGGCAAAAUUACAACAAGGAGUCGACAUAAUUGUCGCUACGCCGGGUCGUUUGGAAGAUCUCAUCAACAACGGAUACGUUCUUCUCACCCAUUGUCGCUUUUUCGUACUUGACGAAGCAGAUGGCUUGUUAUCGCAAGGUUACGGGCAGCUAAUUGAAAAUCUUCACAAACAAAUUCCCAAAAUCACGUCAGAUGGGCGUCGUUUGCAGAUGAUUGUCUGUUCCGCGACUCUCCAUUCGUUCGAUGUCAAAAAAAUGGCUGACAAAUUGAUGCAUUUUCCAACGUGGGUCGAUCUGAAGGGAGAAGAUGCCGUUCCUGACACAGUUCAUCACGUCGUUUGCCUCGUUGAUCCGCAAAAAGACACGAGAUGGCAAAAUCUGAGGAAUCACGUGCAAACUGAUGGCGUUCAUGCGAAAGAUAACGUUCGCCCGGGAAAUAAUACGCCCGAAACGUUGUCGGAAGCGGUGAAAUUGCUGAAAGGAGAAUAUGUCGUGAAGGCAAUUGAAGAGCACAAAAUGGAUCGAGCGAUUAUUUUUUGUCGCACGAAGAUCGAUUGCGAUAAUUUGGAGAAAUAUUUGCGAUUUGUGGGAGGCGAAAGAUUUUCGUGUGUUUGUUUGCACGGAGAUCGUCAUCCGAAAGAGAGAAAAGAUAAUUUGGAAAAGUUUAAACAGCAGAAAGUAAAGUUUUUGAUUUGUACCGAUGUUGCUGCUCGUGGUUUGGAUAUUACGGGAUUGCCGUUUGCGAUUAAUGUUACGUUGCCUGAUGAGAAGGCGAAUUAUGUGCAUCGCAUUGGUCGAGUAGGUCGUGCCGAACGCAUGGGCUUGGCAAUUUCGUUAGUAGCAACUGUCCCCGAAAAAGUUUGGUAUCACGGACAAUGGUGUUCAUCGCGCGGUAAAAACUGCUGGAACACAAAUCUCACUGACGUCAAAGGUUGUUGCAUUUGGUACAACGAAAAGCAUUAUUUGGCAGAAAUUGAAGAUCAUCUCACGAUGACAAUCACUCAAAUUUCGCCUGAUUUGAAAGUCCCGCUUAACGAAUUUGACGGAAAAGUCGUGUACGGCGAGAAACGCAUCAACAAGGGAACCGGCUACAAAGAUCACGUCGCUCAAUUGGUACCGAUCGUCAAACAACUCGCCGACUUGGAGGCACAAGCCCAACAACAUUUCCUCAAAAGAUUAAAAGUUUAAACGGAAAAAUUCGAAACAAAUAAAAAAAUCCUUUUUACAUUCACGAAUCGACUGUCACUCGUUUGUUGUCUAAACAAUUAUUUGCUUUUCCGAUUGAUUUUUAGUUUGAACAUUCCUCUCUC